AUAACAAAGGGCUUGAGGGCGAUCUUCCUCGCUCCACAAUCUUCGAAGAAAGAGCUCCUCCACUACAGGGGACGGAGGAGGUUUUUCAUUUCUUGUUAUAUGGCGGGCGUAGGAGAUUUAUUCAGCUACUUCGGUUUUUUCUUCUCCGCACUUGUAUAUAUAGCUCCAAUGCCCACUUUAUAUAGGGUUUACCAUUGUCGUACGUCUAUAGAGAGGUGUUCUCCUAUAGCGUACACAUUGGCCCUAUAUUCUUCCUCAUUAUGGCUUUAUUACGGAUGCCUUGAGUCACUCAAGGCCGUAAUAGCCAUCAACGCGAUGGGAUGCGUCAUAGAGUCGAUUUAUAUGUCUUUGUACAUAUAUCGUGCACCACACAAUGCUCGGCGUCGAGUCUUUCAGGAGCGUGACGUUGGGGACUUGUCUUUUGCGUUGGCAUUGUCCUUAACAAUGAGCGGCAUAUGUUGGUUCGUAUAUGGAUUGCUAGAGAAUGACUUUCUGAUAGCGAUUCCUAACUGUGUCGGAGCUGUCCUCGGAGUAGCCCAGAUGACAAUUUAUCUAUACUUAUGUAGACCUGAUGAUAUUUUCAUGACGAGCGUCAUGAAUCUUAUCAAACGGAAUGGACCGAUAAUGAUGUGA